AUGCCUGAGAAGCAGACCCGUCUCACCCUCGCCAUGGAGUCUGGCAUCCCCUUCGUCCUCAAGGCCGGCAAGGCCAGGUACACAUGCCGCCUGCAGGACCGCUCCUCAUACCAGCGCGCCAAGGCCCAGAGGGCGUCUUCUUCUGAUUCCAUCAACACCGAGUCGACCGAUGGCAACUCGACCUCUUCUCACUGA